AUGACAUUUAACGUGAAUUUGAAGCAAGGAAAUCAGAGCAGAAAAAUCUCAUCGAAAUUUGAGAAACUUAGGAGGAAGAAGAGAGAAAGCAGCUCGGAAGACACGGACAAGGGGGCGUUAGGCUUCGAAGAAAGCUUGUCGUCGAGGAGCAGCGAUGACGAAGAUGAGACCGACUUCUUCGUCCUUAAUGCAUCACCUGCUCUUGUUGCCUAUGAAUGA